CGUUCUUUUGGUUUCUUCGCCUUUCUUUCUUUCUAUUAGUCCCAGCAUGGCUACUUACACUAAUCCUGUAUUUUUAGCAGCUACUACUGAAGAUCAUUUUGAAAAGUCAAUGAAAGUUCGUAUUACUGUCUUUGUUGAUGAACAAAAAUAUCCUCUAUAUACCGAAGUGGAUGACGAAUAUAAUGACAAGAGUUACGUCUGGCUGGUACAAUGUGACAAGACUUUAGAAAAUGGUCAAGUAGAACAUGACGUCCCUGUAGGUACCGUACGACUGAUCACAGUAUCUGAAACUGUUGGUAAACUUGGACGAUUGGCCGUUAUUUCUGAAGCUCGUGGACUCUCCCUAGGUAAAAAAUUGGUGCAAACAGUAGUGAAGGAUGCAGCUGACCGAGGAAUGACUGCAAUUGUAAUCCAUGCUCAAUACGAUAAACAAGGCUUUUAUGAACGACUGGGUUUUGCCGUAGAAAAGGGUGAUGAACAGACUUUUUUGGAAGAUGGUACUCCUCAUAUCCGCAUGUGGCAUCGUGGUGUUGGUAAAAAUUAGUGUAGUUUUUUAUUAUCAUCUAAUAUUGACUAUAUAGACAAACUUAUUACAUAUUUUUUUUAUAAUAAAUUUUGACAUUGAUUCCAUUUU